UUCCCCUUCUCUCCAAGUUUAAAAUUUUUAACAUUUUUUUCUUUUAGCCAUAGCGCUCUCUAGCCCACCGGGCGAGGUCCUCCGGCCUCCGCCGCACUCCCCUUCUUCUGGGGCUGUGCCCAUGUCCCUCCCUCAGUGUCACGCGCCACCACUCCCGCUAGCACAGCAGCCGCUUCCACCUCCAGCUGUACAACAGCAGCAGCUGCUGGGCCCAUCACCAUCGCUUUAUAAGCAGCAUUCUUGGUCACCGGAUAUUUACCGGGAUGAGGCUUGGCUUAGGCGGAAAGGAAACUGCAAGAAUCGGAGAAGCAAGAGCGUUACAGAUGAAGAUCUUGAUGAGCUUAAGGGCUGCAUCGAGUUAGGUUUCGGGUUUGACUCACCCGAGGUGGAUCAACGGUUAUCUGAUACUUUGCCCGCUCUGGGACUUUAUUAUGCUGUCAACAAGCACUAUUAUGACACCAUUUCCAAGUCAGUCACGGCAACGACCACGUCGUCUUUGUCCACGGCGUCUGACUGUGAUUCGCCUUCUCCACUGGGCAGCCCCCAUGCCAUCUUCGGUCCAGGUGACAAUCCACAGACGAUGAAGACGAGGCUAAGGCAGUGGGCGCAGGUGGUUGCUUGUUCGGUGAGGCAAUGUUCGAGUUCAAGCUAGGUGAAAAUGAUAAUUGAUAUUGAUAUGCAGCUAGCUAGCCAUCGAUCAGGGUAAAUGGGAACCAGACUAGAGUUCAUCAAAGUAACCAAACAUCAACAUCAAGAUUAUUCAUCAACUUGUUUGAUAAGAUAAUGAUUCCCCUUCCCACCAACUUUGUAUAUGUUUGGUCUGAGAUAUUUAAAGAAAAAGAAAAGAACAAGGGCGGGGUAGAAGAGGAAGAAGAAGAAGAAGAUAGAGGAUGAAGUAGAAGAAAGACAAUGUGAAAAUUAAAUCAUCUGGCUUGUCCUGUUACUGGAUUGACUUUUUCUUGCUGUUCCUGUUUGAUUUUCGCUUGUUUAUUCCCUGUUUUGAUCUGUGAAAUGGUUAGUUAAAUUAGGUGUUAUAUAUAAUAUAUAUAAAUUAUAUGCA